AUGGGGAGUGUCAGUAGCCUCAUCUCCGGCCACAGCUUCCACAGCAAGCACUGCCGGGCCUCCCAGUACAAGCUCCGCAAGUCGUCCCACCUGAAGAAGCUGAACAGGUAUUCAGAUGGGCUGCUGAGGUUUGGCUUCUCCCAGGACUCCAGCCACAACAAGUCCAGCUCCAAAGGCAACAAGAAUGAGGACUUCUUUUACAUCAAGGUCAGCCAGAAAGCCCACGGCUCCCACCGGACAGAUUACACGUCACUCUCCAGCGGGGACCUGGGCAGCCAGGCAGGGGCGACUGGCAUGGACUUUGGCACACCCACUCCCCAGAAACUGAUGCCAUUUUCCAAUCAGCUGGAACUGGGCCCAGAGAAGGGCGUUAUAAGGCCAACCGCCUUCAAGCCAGUGAUCCCCCGCUCAGGCGCGAUCCUCCACUCCUCUCCGGAAAAUGGCAGCCACAUCUCCCAGCAGCUGCACCCUCCGGACAAAGCGAAGGAUCAAGAACUCAAGCCCAUGUUGUGCUCUGGAGGUUUGUCGGACUCCGGCAGGAACUCAAUGUCCAGCCUCCCAACCCACAGCACCACCAGCAGCUACCAGCUGGAUCCCCUGGUCACCCCUAUGGGGCCCAUCAGCCGUUUCGGGGGUUCGGCCCACAACAUCACCCAGUGCACCAUCAUACAAGACAGCAACAUGAUGAGCCUCAAGGCGCUGUCCUUCUCUGACAGCGGCAACAAGAUCCUCAACCCUGGAAAAGCUGCCCACCACCACCACGAGAAAGCCUCCUGCAUCCGGUCUCCCAUCUCCACAGAUGAGUCCACCAUCCAGGAGCUGGAGCAGAAACUGCUGGAGAGGGAAGGGGAGCUGCAGGAACUGCAGUGCAGCUUCGAGGAGAAGGAGGCCACCUCCUGCCAGGCCUAUGAAGAAAAGCAGAGGCGCUGCAAGGAAGAGCUGGAGGGGCUGAAGCAGAAGUGCAACAAGCAGCUCAAGCAAACCUCUCAGAAGAUGCAGCGGACGCAGCAGGUGCUGCACCUCCAAGUGUUCCAGUUGCAAAAGGAGAAGAAGCAGCUUCGUGAGGAGCUGGAGAAGCUCAUGAAGGAGCAAGACCUGCUGCAGACCAAGCUGUGGUCCUAUGAGAAAGAGAAGACCAGCUUUGCCCCAGCGCUGGAAGAAACUCAGUGGGAGGUGUGUCAGAAGUCUGGCGAAAUCUCCCUCCUGAAGCAGCAGUUGAAAGACUCCCAGAUGGAGCUCAAUGCCAAGACAAGCGAGAUCCUCAGCCUGAAAGCCCAGCUGAAGGACGUGAGGGGGAAGAUGGAGGGACUGGAGAUGAAAACCCAGGACCUGGAAGACUCCCUUCGCACCAAGGCCAUGGAGCUGGAGGUGUGCGAGAACGAGCUCCAGCGCAAGAGAAAUGAGUCGGAGCUGCUGAGGGAGAAAGUGAACCUGCUGGAGCAGGAGAUUAUGGAGCUCCGGACGGAGCUGACCAUCCUCAAGGAGCAGCGGAGCGAUGGGAGGGAUGGGAUGACCUCCGCCAGCCCGGCUGUGGGGAUGAUGGAGGAUGUCCAAGCCCUGCAGGGGGAAGUGGAUAAGCUGAAGGCGGAGCUGAAGGAGGAGAGAGACAAGAACGAGCAGAUGACUUCCAGCUUCCAGCAUGAGCGACAGAUCUGGAAGGAGGAGAAGGAGAAGGUGAUCCACUACCAAAAGCAGCUGCAGCAGAGCUACCUGCACAUGUACAAAAGGAACCAGAACAUGGAGAAGAUGCUCCAGCAACUGGCUGCAGGGGGAGACGGCAGAGAGCCCAUCGACCUGGAUAUCCAUGGCACCGAUGUCCCCUACGAGGACAUCAUAGCCACAGAGAUCUAA